AUGAGCCAAGAGUCUGACGCAUCUCACGACGAUGCACGAGAACCGGAGAAAAAGGAAGGAAAAUCUGAGGAGGUAUUCGAAGUGGAGAAAAUUCUAACCCAUAAGCUGCUCGAGGACUCGCUGGGCGGGUUUGGACCGGAAGAAGACACGUGGGAGCCGGAAGAAGAUCUUCAAGAGUGUGCCAAUGAAUGUGUCGUUGAAUAUUACGCUAAGGUCAAUGUGAAAGAUGGUGCGGAGUUGAUUGCACGCCUCCAAAAGAAUAAAAGUGCUAAAAAUCAUGCUGCCAUUCAAAAAAGUAAGAAACGCGAACGACCAAUAAGCAGCAGCGAUGAAGAUGUUUCGGACAAUAGUGAGGGGAGCAACAAGAAAAAGAAGUCGAAGAAAAGCAAAAAGUCGCAUAGAAAAUCCAGCCCUUCUGCAUCAUUGGAAGCUCCUAAAGUUCAGACAAAAGCUGCUCUGAAAUCUUAUGAAAGUAUCGCAUCUGCGACUUCAUCGGGCCCCAGUCUACCUAAACGAAAAGCUCUUCAAUCUCGAAGAGACUUCGAAAUGUCCGACUCAUCGGACGACGAAGAGGACGAACCAACAAUAAGCUUUCUUGAUAAAAUCGCAAACAAAGUAAAACCAAAAGUAAAAGUGCAGGCUCCCAUUGAGCUUCCAGUGCCUCCUAAAUCACCACAGCCAGAGACUCUGACUAAACCAAAUAUCCAGGUUCGAAGCCCAUCUCUCGAACCUACUUCUUCUUCUUCUGAGCACGUUUCUUCUAAAUCUACAAAGACAUCAGAUUGUUUCGAGUCGAACGGAAGGAACAAGUCUCUCACUGGCAAAUGUACAUCAAAUGAAGACGCAACAGAUUGGAAAGUCGAUGGCAUCGUACGUCACAGUGAUGAUUUACAUCGUCGGAAGCUUGUUCUUCUGACAAACUCUACUACUGGCGAGCGAAAAGUCCUAGAUCCUAAGGAAACAUUCGAUCUUGUGGGAUGGUCUCUCACCAAAUACCUUCUCGAUCGCUGUGAAUUUUGA